UCGUCUUGUCGAUGAUCCGUCUCGGUCCUACUAUUACCAUUAGACCCCUGAUGAAGUGCUAACCUCGGGUACUGUCGACAAUUAAAUACAACAGUCCGCCUUCUUAGGUCAUUCAUUACAACUCCUUAUAUCCGUGAAUAACAAUCAUUGAGUAUCAAAUUCUCUACACAAAGUGAUUUAUGGAAAACGGGAUGUACUUACAGGUAAAUCACUAUGUCGUUCUUUAUAGUGAUCUGUUUUGAAAAGGAUCAUCUGAAUCGCGACAAUAAGAACAAUUGAGUGAUCCUAUCACUUGUGUAUGAAGAGUCAAUUACAGGGAAGUAGUAUGCGUCAACAAUUCUGGUUCAAUAGUUCCUUAAGACAGCAUUCGGAGACAGGGUAGGUACAGCGUCGGACAAAAGGAUCGCUUACCCACUGAAGUCCAACUUAAAAAUUGACGCACAUUGACGGAUCUUUUAAUUCUUAACUGCUGAAAAUAAUUACGCAAUGCAGUUCUGUUUAUUCGUAGUUCUACUGUCACUACUAUUUAUAAAAGCAGUUAAUCCUUUCUACUAUGGAAAAGUAAGCGCCGCAAAUUGUUUAUCGUUCAACGGAACUUGCGUAGACGAAUGCCCAGAGAACAUGCACCGUCUAGACAGCGAGUGUCGGCCCACGCCCUCUCAGAGGACCUGCGACGAGCCAGUAGCCGUGUCUAUGGGCAUGAUCUGUGACUGGGCGAGAUGCGACUGUGACUUCCCUCUGGUCCUCCAUCCGGCUUCAGGGUACUGCUUCCUAUAUGAAGACUGCCCUUGAUGGUUUAUUUUUAAAAUUUUGCAGAUAAAUGUCGAAUGUAUUUUUUUUUUAAUUAAAUGGUUUUGAUUUUAGAUUG